UUGCAUCGGUAGUACCGGUGCACCUCGUCGUCGCGUUGUUCCGCAGAACGCUACGCGCCGCGCUCGUAAUCACUGCGGAACACGCCGCGCGUACACACCAGCUACAACUCUGACGAGCCACCGCGACAGUUCGAACAUCCUCGCUCGUUGGACGGGCUUGAGCGAUCGAACACGAAUCGAUCAGACAUGAAGUACUCACCGCAGCAACAGCAACAGCAGCAGAAGCAGAGGAAGUCGGAGAGCGACGCCGCGUCCGUCGAUGCGACCCUCAGCCGGACGUCGCGACGCCCGUCGUCCUCCACGGAGCGCAAAGGCUCGUCAGCGUCAUCGACACGGGCAGUCUGUCGCUCACCGUCCACCGGAAUGUUCGCCUGGAUGCGCGUGUUCCGACUCGCGUCGAUGCUGCACCAGGUCGGCUGUUAAAGGCCGCCACUUGGGACGCUGGGAAACCACCGAAAACAAGAGAGUCGAUAGAAUCGUAUCUUAAAGAGAGUCUCAGAUUAAUAAUUAAUAUCGUACAACAGAGAGCGGUGACGCGCGUUGCGCGCGAUCUACGAUUACAUAUAUACAUAAAAGAGUACAUACAUAAAUACAUAUAUAUACACACACCUACACGGCCGAGUCGUUAACGUAGAGAUGGCCGUCGUUGUAGCUCGAUCAUAGUGUGUUAACGUGAUAAUCACGUGCAGGUGAGUCGCGCAAGUCGCGAUUGCCAUGUAGACGAGAUGUUGAGAGAGAGAGGGAGAGAGAGAGAGAGAGAGA